AGAUGGGAUAUCGCAUAAAAAAAAUAUUCAGGUUAACGCAAUUACAAAGAAAAAAAAACUUAAAAAAAAGGUUGAAAAUAAAUGUUUUUAAUUGGAUGCAAGCAUUUUUUUUCCCAGCAAUAAAAAAUCUAAAAGAAAAAAAUCUAAAUAAAUGCGAAGGUGACUUGCGCUCGUCCAGCAUGAAUAAUCGAGACCAGGUCAACAUGGAAAACGAAAGUAUUUUUUGUAAGAAUCGCAAGCGAAGCGUUUAAGCAAGCCGGCUAGAAGACAUUCAUUUUUUAGGGACACGAGAUACUGGAUAUAUGUGGAAACUGAACUGAAUCAUAAUGUAAAGUGUUGUUUUUAUAAUCUAACUGUUUCAAGGUUCAGGCUUGCAAAUUGCUUAUAAAAUGGAUAUUUUAUCAUCAAAUCCAUACACGGGAAUAACUUCGAAGUUUUCACAAUCAUUUCAAAUGUUUAUUAAAGACCUUGGAGAUGCAAAGUCAAAAUCUGAAGAAGAUCGUAUUAUAUCAAGGGAGAUUGGAUACCUCAAGGAAACCAUUACAAAGCCUGGAAUUACAUCGAAAAUUCGGAAAGAAUGCAUUAUUCGUUUACUGCAUUGUGAAAUGCUUGGUCAUGAUGCUUCAUUUAGCUACAUGGAAGCUGUCAAAUUUGCUCAGCAACAGAAUUUGCUUGAAAAACGAGUUGCUUAUGUUGCUCUCGGUCAAUUUUUGGAUGAGAAAAAUGAAAUUGAGCGCAUGAUGAACAUGAGUUCAAUUCAGAGAGAUUUAAAAAGCACUAACAUUAUGCAAGUUUGUUUUGGCCUGAUUGCUUCAUCAAGAUUAGUUUACAAGGAUAUGCUACCUGCUGUCUUACCAACUAUAGCUGAACUAAUGAAACACAAAAGAGAGGUAGUUCGAAAGAAAGCUGUUAUGGCAAUGUUCAAGUUUUACACUGUGGAUCCAGAAAGUAUGCGUUCAUCUGGUUAUGUAGAUCUGUUUCACAAUGCACUUUGUGAUAAGGACCCUGCAGUAAUGGCUGCAUCGUUAAAUGCCUAUCACAAACUUGUUACUGACUCUCCGUCUUUUUAUAAGCAAUUGACAACUUCUUUUGUUACUAUUUGGACACAAAUAUUAAACCGUAAACUUCCUGAAGAUUUUAACUACCGAAGCGUUCCAUCCCCAUGGAUGCAAAUUAAGAUACUUCAAAUUCUUGCAUUGCUUGGCUGCGACGAUAUGAAUGAGAGUAAGAAGAUGUAUGAGAUCCUUCGACAGUGUCUUGACGUAACAGAUACUGAAGAAACAAUUGGUUGUGCCGUUGUUUAUGAAUGUAUGAAAACAAUUGCAACCAUUUAUCCCAAUCGAGCUUUGGUCGAAGCAGCUGCCAACAAGGCUGGCUUGUAUUUAGUGGCAUCAAACAAUAAUUUAAAAUAUCUAGGUAUCACAACGCUUAGUAAUCUCAUUCACAUCGAUAUCUCGUAUGGAACAAGACAUCAAAUGAUUGUGAUUGAUUGUUUGAAUGAUCAAGACGAAUCAUUAAAACGAAGGACCUUGGAGUUAUUGUAUCGUAUGACAAAUACCUCUAAUGUCAAAGUCAUUUGUGAGCGCUUGAUAAGUUAUCUGCGAUCAACUGUGGAUGAAUACAUCAAAUCUGAUCUAGUGACUAGAAUUACCACACUUGCUGAGAAAUUCUCUCCAGAUAAUGAGUGGUACAUCAACACUAUGAAUGAAGUUUUUGAACUAGGCGGAGAUCUCGUUCAAGUUGAGGUUGCAUACAAUAUGAUGAGAAUGAUUGGCGAAGGUAUUGAUGAUGAGGAGGAUGAGGAAGAUGAUGCCACGGAGGACUUGCGAAGAAAUGCUGUAAUUGCUUAUGUGGAUUUGAUGGGUAAACAGUCAUUACCAGAUAUUCUUAUUCAAUUGAUUUGUUGGGUUGUUGGUGAAUAUAUCGACUUGUUGCAAGAUUACGAUGUGGAAGAUGUAUUGGAGAAGUUUUAUCAGAUGUUAACUUGGCGAUUCGCAGAUGCCACGACCCAAUCCUGGGUGGUUACUGCCAUCAUGAAAGUGUUGGUUGCAACAAAAGAACCGAGAAAACAUUUUCGAGAAAUUGACGAAACGAUGUUGUCAAACGAUGCACGCCAGAGAUACACAGAAAUGAAAACUAUGUUGAGAACUUGUAAAGAUUUGGACAGCAUACUUCCGUUUGAUGCAAGUUGUGAAGACAUUGAAAUCGAUACCUCCCUGUCUUUUCUGGACGCCUUUGUCAACGAAGCGUUACAGAGAGGGGCGUCACCAUAUUCCGUGGAGAAUAAACAAUAUCUCGAACAUGUUGCUACUGAAAAUGAUCACGAGCACCAGCCUUCCUUGGUAUAUAAUGCAUAUCCUAAACCCGCUGUGUAUAGACAAUUCAACCAAGACACUCCACCAACGAAACAAGAAAGCGUAGACACACAUGCAUCUACAUCAAGUACUAGCAGUAGCAGCAGUUCCAGACCAACUUCAGGAAGAUCUAAAAAUCCAAUGUGGACAAGAGAGGGUUUAAAGAAAAGUCAAGUUUCAGAUUCAUCUGAUUCUGAAAAAUCUACACCGGUAUCUAGUCUAAGUGGUUCUGUAAAAGUGGAAGAAAGAAGCGGUAGUGGUCAGGAAAUGGAGUCCACGCCUGAGAUUACAGAGAAAAAACAAACAAAAAUGUUAGAUCCAGACGAAGAGCGUAAGAAACGAAUGGCGGAAGAACUGUUUGGCAUGAACACACCGCAAAAAAGUAACAAAAAUAGCUUGGCGAAUCGAGACAAAAGAGAUAAGUUGCGGAAAAGGAAUUUUAAAAAAGAAGUAAAAGAAAAAGAUUUGUUAGAUAUAACUGAUGGAGAUGAUUCGACAACUGACGCACUUCCACAGAGUGAUUCAAACAUUUUGACAGGUCGAGUAACUGAUGACAUGGUGUUGGUAUCAACUGCGGAGGAGAAAUUUAACCCUCCACAAAGAAAUGAACAAGCUAGUGAAACAGAAUUGUCUGCAGAACGCGACUUGUUUAGCGAUUUAAAUAUCACUUCUUCAGAGACGCAACAACUCCCGUUUGUGACACAGCAACCUGACACGCAACUUCCGGCUGUCUUGCAGCAGCUUACAUCCCUCACGCAAAAUAUGUCUACCAUGGAACAACAAAUAGCACCUGAACAAGCUAUGGUAUGCGAUAGUGGAGUUAAUCAACUUCAAAACAAUUCAAGUUUCGUUAAUUUGUUGGAUGAUGACGACUUAUCUACACAAACACUCUCGAGUAAUAUUUCAACAGAAACUGCUUUAUUAUCGAGUCAAACUGACACAAAGAUAUUGGCCAUCCCAGACGUUUUUGCUGGAUUUCCUGUAUCUUUAAACCCGACAGAGAUAUGCAAAGAUGUAAAUUUACGUAUGAUGUGCCUGUAUGUGUAUCUGCCUACUGAGUUGGCUAUAAUACUGUACAUUUUAAAUCAGUCUGUUAAACCAUUGAGUAAUAUACGCAUGGAUAUUAAAUUACCCUCAAAUUUAAGAGGAAAAACUGAUGAAUUAAAAUUUGAUGAAAGUACCCUGGAUGGUUUGGGUUUUUGCCGUCACACGUUAAAAGUUAUUUACCAAUCUCCUGCGCUUCAUAUGGUGUUGAGUGGACACGUGUCGUAUAGAGACACGACAAAUACUGAAAAAAGAUUAUUUAUCAGUCACGUGUUACCGAUGAGUAAUUUGUUACGUCCUAAUCCACUGGAGAUCAGUGAAUUUGAAGAUAAAUGGCGGGAUCGCGCAUUGUACGAGAAGAAGGAAAAACUUAACAGAACAUUUGAUGUAGAUUCAAUGAAUUUAUUCUUAGAGAGUGUGAACAUUCAUCCUAUUCAACAUAGAGGUAAUCAAGUAGUGUGUGCAACCACUGUUCUGCAGAAGCACGAUAUUCUCCUCCAUUUCAAAAUGGCGCCUCAAAUAACGGAAGUAUGGAUCAAAUCGGGAAGCAGACUCUUAAACGAUUGUGUUAUGAGAUUACUGAUUUCUAUCUCCUAAGUGAUUGGUCAAAAACGAUGAACGCGAGAAACUGAUUGGAUAAUUGUUAUUAAAGUGAAGGCUUGGUUUUGCUGCAAAUUGAAAGUACCACUGAUUAUAGUGCACGGUAAUCAGCACUUAUAUUCACCUGCACUAAUAAUUAGGCAGAAUUAUAUAAAAAAAAUUUACUGCACUCAGAAUUUGCUCUAUUUUUACAACUCGAUUAACGUCAAACCCCCUUCCAAUAAGCCAAUAAGCCCACUCGAAAUUAUUUUUGCGAAACAAAACCCUUUGGUUCUUAAUCGAGAAUUUUGUGUAACGAUUAGAAGGAAAAUCCGUUAAAACUCAUUUUUUUUUUUGUUUAUUGAAUACAUCAUUGACUCAUUUUCAUCUAAUUGCUUGGAUGUUCUUCUAACUAUAUCAUGUCUAAACUCAAUUAAGAAGAAAUUUGUUUUUCAUACUUAAAACGAAAGGAAAAAUUGAUAAUUACGAUAAUUGAGCGGUGACACUAAUUCUUAAUUUUUACAAUUUUUUCCAUAAAAUCUUUAAUCCGCUUUAAUUAGAUUAAUUAUAGUAACAUAACAUAUAUCGACGGUGUCUCGUCAUUCACUCUAGAUUUUUCCUUCUAUUUCAAAUACAAUUUUUUGCGACCAGGUGUAAGUUUCGAGAAUUUCCAACAAUCGACCAAUUGAAUUUCGCCUUAAAUCAUAUUUCCUCAUGUUAUUUUUUAGUGGAAGACUUAUUUUUGCUAUUUCUCAUUCAUAUCUAGCUUUGUUCUUAUAAAAUCAUUCUUAUAAAAAAAAUAAUAUAUUCACCAUAUUUCAAGCGGACUGAUAUAAGCACAGACUAAUGGAGUUCUUGUCAAUCAAAUAGAACAAUAUGGCUACUUUAUUCUUACAUAGUGGAAAUGUGGCUUUAUAUAUUACCUCAGAAUUAUGUAAUUUUAUACGAAAAUUUAAAUGCACGUUUAAAUAUGUUAGCUAAGAAACCAAUAUGAGAAAGAAAGUCACACACUGUGAGGAAACCACCUCACAGUGUGUGAUAAAAAAGCACAUGUGAUAUUAUAUUUAAAGCCUAGUUUACAUUAGUGCUUGUUAUGUUCUGGUUAACUUAUCAAGUGUUAGAUACAAAAGUUAAACAAGUAGUGUAAACUAGGUACUAUUGUUUCGUAGAAACGUAAAUUCUCGAUAAUAUAAACAACUUUAUUGCUCCUGCUUCUCACUCUCGUCCCCAGAGCUUUUUGAGAUAAAACCUUUGAGGUUCCUCUCAAAGAGCUCCGGGCUGCUUUUGUUUUUUCGAUUUAGUAGAAUUUUAAAGUUUAGGUUUUUGUAAAAAUUUUUAUAUAUUGUAAUGUUUUCGCAUUAAAUCGAAUUAAUAUUGAA